CAUGGACAGACUUCUGAAUGAACUCAGCUGUUAGCUUCAUGAAAAAUGUCGUCUGCUAAUAUUGACGUUGUUUGACCGGCCGUGCUCCUCCUCGCAGACAACAUCGCGGCCGAGCUGGAGUCCAGUCUGGGCCAGCUGGAGGAGAUCACGGGCUACCUGAUGGUCCGCAGGGCUUACGCUCUGGUGUCGCUGUCCUUCCUCCGGAAACUACGCAUCAUCAGGGGGGAACAUCUGGAGGGAGACAUCCACGCCUUCUACGCGCUGGACAACCAGAACCUCCGCGAGCUGUGGGACUGGUCCAAGCACAACCUGACCAUCCAGCGCGGCCGCAUGUUCUUCCACUACAACUCCAAGCUGUGCAUGUCCGAAAUCAGAAAGAUGGAGGAGGUGACGGGCACCAAGGAGCGCAACAAGAAGACCGACAUCGCCGUCCGCAACAACGGCGACCAGGCCUCCUGUGAGACGAAGCUGCUGAAGUUCACGGUGAUCAAGACGACGUUCAACAUGAUCAUGCUGAAGUGGGAGCCUUUCUGGCCGUUGGACUUCAGAGACCUGCUGGGGUUUAUGGUUCUCUACAAAGAGGCGCCGUACAAGAACGUGACGGAGUUCGACGGACAGGACGCCUGCGGCUCCAACAGCUGGGCGAUCGCCGACGUCGACCCGCCGUCUCGCCCCACGGACGGCAAGAAGGCCGAGGACCCGGGUCACCUGAUCCGGCCGCUGAAGCCCUGGACGCAGUACGCCAUCAUGGUGAAAACCCAGCUGUCUGCGUCCGACGAGCACCAAGUCCACGGCGCCAAGAGCGAGAUCAUCUACGUCCGCACCAACGCCUCCAAGCCCUCUGUGCCUCUGGACCCCAUCUCCUCCUCCAACUCCUCCUCUCAGAUCAUCCUGAAGUGGAAGCCCCCCACCAGCCCCAACGGCAACAUCACCCACUACCGGGUCAUCUGCCGCAAGCAGGCCGAGGACAGCGACCUCUCCAAGUUCGACUACUGCCUGCAGGGUAUGAAGCUGCCGUCUCGAAUCCCGACCCACCUGGACAGCGAGGACGAGCAGAAGUGGAACCACACGGACGAGCCCACCCUGGGAGGGAAGUGCUGCGCCUGCCCCAAGACGGACAACCAGCUGAAGAAGGAGCAGGAGGAGAUCGAGUACCGCAAGACCUUCGAGAACUACCUGCACAACGAAGUGUUUGAGAGCAGGCCGUCUCGGCGGCGGCGCUCGGUGGGAGUCGCCAACGCCACCCAGCCUCCCCUCUUCCUCACCACCAUCCCCAGCCUGCAGUUCGGCUCCACGACGGCGACGCCCGAAGACGGAGACAAGGACCAAGAAGGAUCGAAGGUGGAGUUAAAGGUGUUCUCGAAGGAGUCGACCGUCAUCUCCAACCUGCACCACUUCACCAGCUACAAGAUCGAGAUCAUGGCCUGCAACCACCCGACGGACCUCAAGCGCUGCAGCAUGGCGACCUACGUCAGCGCCAGAACCAUGCCGGAGGAAAAGGCCGACGACAUCCCCGGCGCCGUGACCCACGAGAUCGUCACGUCCGAGCCUCCCGACGUGCUGAUCAAGUGGAACGCUCCCCGAUCUCCCAACGGCCUCAUCAUCCUGUACGAGGUUUUCUACAGGAGGGUCGGAGACUCAGAGGAUCACACAGCCUGUGUGUCACGGCCGGCUUACCUCAAGUCAAACGGCACAAAGCUUUCUCUUGUGCAGCCUGGAAACUACAGCGUGAGGGUCCGGGCCACCUCCCUGGCUGGAAACGGCUCCUUCACAGAAGUCACGUACUUCUUCAUGCCCAACCCGGAUCCCGGUUUGGUUUGGAUCGUCAUCGGUCCGGUCAUCUGCUUCAUCCUGCUGCUGUUCGUGGCCGGUGGAGUCUUCGUCAUCUUCAAGAAGAGGCAAACUGAAGGUCCACUCGGAGAUCUCAUCACGUCGCCGAACCCCGAGUACUUCAGCGCCAACGACAUGUACGUUCCCGACGAGUGGGAGGUUCCUCGGGAGAAGAUCACGCUGCUCAGAGAGCUCGGCCAGGGCUCCUUCGGGAUGGUGUACGAAGGGAUCGCCAAGGACAUCGUGAAGGGAGACCCGGAGACGCGCGUCGCCGUCAAAACGGUCAACGAGUCGGCCAGCCUGCGGGAGAGGAUCGAGUUCCUGAACGAGGCCUCCGUGAUGAAGGCCUUCAGCUGUCACCACGUGGUGCGUCUGCUGGGCGUCGUGUCUAAAGGUCAGCCCACCCUGGUCGUGAUGGAGCUCAUGACCCACGGCGACCUGAAGAGCUACCUGAGGAGCCUCAGGCCGGACUCGGAGAACAACCCGUCGGGCUCCCCUCCCCCGACUCUGAAGGACAUGCUGCAGAUGGCUGCAGAGAUCGCCGACGGCAUGGCCUACCUCAACGCCAAGAAGUUCGUCCACAGAGACCUGGCGGCCCGGAACUGCAUGGUGGCCGAGGACUUCACCGUCAAGAUCGGAGACUUCGGUAUGACCCGGGACAUCUACGAGACCGACUACUACCGUAAAGGAGGGAAGGGGCUGCUGCCGGUCCGGUGGAUGGCUCCGGAGUCCCUGAAGGACGGAGUCUUCACCGCCCACUCUGACUGCUGGUCCUUCGGGGUCGUGCUGUGGGAGAUCAGCACGCUAGCAGAGCAGCCUUACCAGGGUCUGUCCAACGAGCAGGUCCUGAAGUUCGUCAUGGACGGAGGAUACCUGGACCGGCCGGACAACUGCCCCGAGAGGAUGCACAACCUGAUGCAGAUGUGCUGGCAGUACAACCCCAAGAUGCGGCCGAUGUUCCACGAGAUCAUCGAGAUGCUGCGGGAGGAGCUGCACCCGUCCUUCCAGGAGGUCUCCUUCUUCUACAGCGAGGAGAACAAAGUCCCCGAGACGGAGGAGUUCGACCUGGACCUGGACAACAUGGAGAGCAUCCCCCUGGACCCGUCGUCGUACUCCCAGAGAGAGGAGAGCUUAGGCAGGGACAGCGGGCCGUCGGUGGGCCUGAGGGGGAACUAUGAGGAGCACGUGCCCUACACGCAUAUGAACGGUGGCAAGAAAAACGGAAGAAUCUUAUCGUUGCCCAGAUCCAGCCCUUCCUAACAUUUCCUUUUUCCUACGAGAACUUGUUCCCCUUCCUCUCCUCCCCCAUCUCUCUCUCUCUAUUCUCUCUCUCUCUCUCUCUCUUCCAGUCCAUUUUUCUGUAUCCUUCAUGUUCCUCUCCUCAUUUUCUAAUGAUUUUCUUAUUCUUGGAGAAGCCCUUCAAAAGAAAAAAGAAAAAAGAAAAAAAAAACAAACAGACACAGAUCUCAGGACUUUUUAUUUUACUUCCUCACGGCUGCCGAACAGCAAGGGAUGCAAACAUGGUGUUUUUUAAAACUUGCUCCACAACACGUCGGACUUAUUACCAGAAUCUAUUGUUUUUCACUAUCGCCACGUUUCCAGGACUCCUUGUGACGGAAACAGAGGAAAAAAAAAACUGUGAACACAACAAACCUUAGACAACCAAGAAGGCUGCUCAUGCUCGACCUCCUCCAGACUCCCACCGAUCUGCAUUUCCACGUUUCUGUUUUUCCUCCCAAGUGAAAUCUUUUUACUCAGAUAGUGGCCUUUUUAUACGUGGCCUAUAAAAAAAGAGAGAAGUGUCUAUCAGCGCUUACACUAAUUUCCUUUUUUUUUUUGAACAAUGAUUUAAUCAGCGGGAUGACUUGAUCCUAGAACAAACAUCUAUUCCUCGAGGAAUGUGUUUUAUUUUUGUUGUUUUCCUUUUUGGUUCUGCAGAAUUCCAAACUACACACAGAUUCAUCGGGUGUUUGGUGAAUAGUUUUAAUUUAUUUGCUUUAUUUUCUUCUUCUUCUUCUUCUUCUUUCUCGUUUUAUUUCUGUGUCCUCACUAUACGGCUGAAGGAUAUUUAAACAGUUAAGAUUUGGAGAAAAGAGUUCCUCAGACUGACCAAUAGCUGCUGCUUUGAUAUAUUUUAGUGGGUAUAGAAAUAUAUAAAUAUAUAUAAUAUAUAUAGUAUAUAUGGAAUAUUGGUGUUUCGCUACCAAUAUUUUAUAUAUAAUAUAUGACAUUGAUGUUUUCUUUUUUUUGUAAAUAGUUCAUAUUUGUAAUAUUUUUCAUCAGAAGCUUUGCUAGUAUUUUGUUUUGUCGGGUU